AUGCGCGUCGGGGCGAGCGCGCGCGCGAGAGCGACGGCGGAGACGAUUUACGCCGUAGCCACCGCGCGCGGACGCGCCGGGGUGAGCGUGACGCGCGUGAGCGGGCCGAACGCGCUCGAGGCCUUACGCUUGGCCCGAGCGAUGGAGACGUCUUCGCCGUCCUCGACGGCCUCGACGUCGCGCGCGAAUGACGUCGACGGACGGUUACGAUAUCGCGCCUUCGUGGACCCGAACGCGCGCGCGGGGGAGCCCCCGCUGGACGUGGGGUUCGUCGCGACCUGGCGGGCGCCGCGGUCGUUCACGGGCGAAGACGUCGUGGAGUUUCACGGACACGGCUCCGUCGCGACGCAGCGCGCGUUGCUCGACGCGCUCGGGACGAUCGAUGGGUUUCGCCACGCCGAGGCGGGGGAGUUCGCGCGCCGAGCGUUUCUGAACGGGAAGAUGGAUUUGACCGCGGCGGAGGGCUUGGCGGAUUUAUUAGACGCCGAGACGGAGGCGCAGCGGCGACAGGCGAUGCGAUUGACCGCGAACGGGACACAGCGAGCGAUGUACGAGCGGUGGAGAGAUGAGUUGAUGACGUGCGCGGCGCACUGCGAGGCGGUGAUCGAUUUCGGGGAGGAGGAGGACGUUUCGGGCGACGUCGUCGAGCGGGACGUCCUGACGCGGGCGACGGCGCUGCGAGAGACGUUACGGAAACAUCUCGACGCCCCGGCGCGAGGAGAGAUGAUUCGUCGAGGCGUGCGCGUGGCCAUCGUCGGCGCGCCGAACGUGGGGAAGAGCUCGAUGCUGAACGCGCUCGCGGGACGAGACGCCGCCAUCGUGUCUCCGCGCGCGGGCACCACGCGAGACGUCUUGGAAAUCUCCUUGGAGUUGAACGGGUACAAAGUCAUCGUGAGCGACACCGCGGGGAUUCGCGAGACGGACGAUGACGUGGAGAAGAUGGGCGUCGCUCGAGCGCUCGAGCGCGCGCGGGACGCGGACGUGCUCGUCGCGCUCGCCGACGCCUCGAGCGACGCCUCGAGCGACGCCGCGCGCGACGCCUUGUCCACCGUGGACGUCACGGGUAAAGACGUCAUCACCGUCUGGAACAAAUCAGACGUCAUCGACGCCGCGCGCGCGCGCGAGCUCGACGCGCGCGUCGACGACAUCACCCGUCGCGGCGGCGACGCCCGCGUCGUGAGCGCGCGCGACGGGCGCGGCGUCGACGAUUUCAUCGCCACCCUCGCCCGCGUCGUCGCUCGAAAGUGCGAGCGCACCUCCGUCGAGGGCGACGACGACGACGCGCUCGCCGUGACCCGUUCGCGCCACCGGGUGAAUCUCACGUCGUGCGUCGCCGCGCUCGAGCGCGCCGCGCGCCGCGCGCCCGUCCCGCUCGAGCUCCGCGCCGAGGACUUCCGCCUCGCCGCGCGCGCCCUCGCCCGCGUCACCGGUUCGUACGACGUCGAGGACGUCCUCGACGUCGUCUUUCGCGACUUUUGCGUCGGUAAAUAG